UUUUAAAAAUGUCCUGAAGCGGCUUCAGAAAAGCGAGAGAGAGAGAGAAAGUGAGGAGAGAGAGAGAGAGAGAGACUUUCUUCUUCUUCUUCUCCUUUCUUGCUGUUAUUGUUCGAGUUCUUUUGCACUGCAAGCUUCUGUCAAUGCGUGCUCUUACAGUCUGAGUCGCCGAGUCGAAUCGUUCACCGAGUUGGAGAAAAGAGAGUGAAAAUGUUGGACGGGCUGCUCGGCCGUGGAUUUGCCUCCAAAUGCAAAACGCUGAUUAAAUUGACGAAAACUCGGAUCGAUGUGAUACGGAGGAAGAGGAACGCGACGCAGAAGUUUCUGAAGAAAGAUAUCGCUGAUCUGCUCUCCAGUGGCCUUGAUAUCAAUGCUUACGGAAGGGCUGAUGGACUCACCGCGGAGGUGAUCCUUUCGUCGUGUUAUGAUUUUGUCGAGCGUUGCUGUGAUUUGGUCCUCAAGAAUCUUUCAGUUAUGCAGAAACAAAGUGAAUGCCCAGAGGAAUGUAAGGAACCUGUGUCAUCGCUGAUGAUUGCUGCUGCACGGUUCUCUGAUUUACCAGAGUUGCGUGACCUUAGGCAACUAUUUCAAGAGAGAUACGCGAAUGCUCUGGAUUUAUUUGUGAAUCAAAAGUUUGUUGAGAACAUAGCUUCAAAGCCUCCUACACUGGAGAAGAAGGUGCAGUUAAUGAAAGACAUAGCAGUAGAGUUCUCAAUAAAUUGGGACUCCAAGGCCUUUGUACAGAGCAUGUCGAAACCUCCUUCUGCAAUUCCACAGGACAAGCCAAAAACUUAUGGGCCUUCCCAUGUUAGUGAUGAUAAAGCCAAAUUGUCUAGCGGGAAAUCUGCUGUUCCAAAAGGAGAUAAGCAUAAUCUUUUUCCAACAGAAAAGAGACUUGAUUUUAAUGAUGCUCAGAAAUUACACAAGGAGAAGGAUGGUGCUGUCUUGAAAAAGGAGGAGCACGUUCAUCAAACUAGGCAUAAAGCCUUUGGAAUAGAACACAAGUCUCUCAGUGCCAGGGAAGAUACUGUGGAAAAAGAUGGCCUUGGAAUUUUGUUCGGGGAAAGGCAAGAAGUGGCUUCUCACAAAUAUGAAGCAUGGACUAGAAGGAGGACGAUCACGUUCAUCAGACUAGUCAUAGACCCUUUGGAAAAGAGCACAAAUCUCUUAGUGCCAGGGAAGAUACUGUCAUGGAAAGAGAUGGCCACAGAAGUUUGUUCCGGAAAGGCAACAAGUUGCUUCUCACAAAUAGAAGCUUGGAAUAGAAAGGAGGAUGCUCCCCCGAAGUCAGUCAGAUUGGGCAGUUCAUCUCAAGGAAAUGGACAGGAGAAGCAUCAUGAGAGGGAGAACAAUGUUCCUAAAAGAGAGCAUGAAGCUUUACCUUGUGUACAGCCAAUUGUUGCUGGACCUCAUGUGAAAAGCAACGGUCAAGGCUUAUUUGCUGGUGAUAAUUAUGGUGGCCAACACAGUGACGCAAAAUUAGCAAUUAAAGAAGAAGAGAUGCCGAAGUUGAAGCCCCCCUACAAUUAUGGGGCCCCUCCUCCGUAUGUGAAGCCGAAUGCCAAAGCAAAAGAUCGAAAACAUGAAGCCAAGGAUGGUUCUGGCAGUAAGCGCAUCACUAAGGAUCCUGUAGCAUACAACAUAGCCUUUGUUGACAAUAUACUCGGAGGGGUAAACGUAGGAUCUGAUGAUGAGGAUGAGAUGCCUGGUGCUGCAAAAGCUAAUAAGCAUAAUCAUGAGAAGGAUCGUGCUCAUCGGGAUGAUGCAUCUAGCAACCACAUACCAAAACCAAGAUCUUCCAGGGCAAGAAGCUCAAGAUCACGGUCCUCUCACAAUGAUGCUGGAAACAGUGAAGAUACAGAAGUUGGAAUCAGAAAAACAAGAAGCAGGAGAAAGGAUGAGUCACGACGAGGUCUGCAACUGUUGUUUGAUGACGAGCACUACAAAAAGGAUGAGGAAGAGAGGAGAAUGGACGAGCUUCUGAUUCAUUACAGUAAAAAGCCAUCUAACGUUGAACCAGAAAUGUCAAGAAGAAAGUCGAGGAGUCGUCAUGCACAUCAUCAUGCCGGCACUGGUGUUAAAGAAUCCCCAGGACAAGCAAGCAGAGAUGAGUCGGAAACGGUUCCUACAGCAGUAAGAUCAGUUUCCCUUCCUAAUGAACAUAGUGGUCCAUCAGAGGCACCCAAGGUAUUUGCUCGUGCAGCGUCCUUUCAACCCGACAGGUCCAAUCCAGCUAAGCAUGUGCAUCCUAAGCUUCCAAACUACGAAGAUUUGGCCGCCCAAUUUGCAGCCCUAAGAGGAAGGUAAAGGGUAAAAGCAAUCAGUAUUCAGAAUCUUAGUUGUAUCAGCUCGAUGGCGACCAUUGUUUCCGGUAGUUGAGUGGCCCGGUAGCAUCCGAGGGUCGGUCUUUUAUACCUCACACUGCAUCUUAUAAACCAUAUACAUACCGAAAUUUCAAAUCGUUGGACUCAUCAUUGUAUAAGUUGCUAUAGUGUCUUCAGCUUCAAUUGAUAGAGAUCUCAGAAUCUCACAGGAACUUGAGGAUUGAGUUUGAGAAUGCUUUCUUCUUUUUGUAUCAUAUCUCCGUCGUCAUAAAAUGACUUGUUUACGUGGUUA